UUCCUCCCGGCGUCACUUCCGGGGCAGCCCAAAAUGGCGGCGGGGGUGGGUGACAGGGACCCGCUGCUACGGCUGAGACGCCACCUGAGGGAGGAGGUAGAGCCCCAGACGCUGCUGCUACAGCCUCCCCCCGGGGGAGUGGCUGAAGAAUCUACAAAUGUGGAGAAAAAAGAGAAGCCUCUUCCCAGACUUAAUAUUCACUCUGCAUUCUGGAUUUUGGCAUCAAUUGCUGUGACAUACUAUGUUGACUUUUUUAAAACUAUCAAAGAGACCAUUCAAGCAGAUAGUUGGUGCUUUGUCCUCGGCAGCUGUUUGUUGGUUGCAAGCUUAGCUAUUGCUUUUUACUGCAUAAUAUAUCUAGAGUGGUAUUGUGGAAUUGAGGAUUAUGAUGCCCAGUAUCCAGUAUUGAUACCUGUCACAACUGCCACUUUUAUUGCAGCAGCAGUUUGUCUCAACAUUGCCUUAUGGCCUGUAUGGUCAUUUCUCACCCCUUUGUUGCUGUUCACUCAGUUUAUGGGUGUUGUGAUGCUUGUGUCACUGCUGGGAUGAGUCACAUAAGGUGUCAAGAAAUCUGCCUUUGCAAGGAGGUAACUAACUUGGUUCACUACACUGUGUGCAAACUUUAAAUACUAUGGAUUCCUUGUGAACCUCUGCAGAAAAACAUGGCAGUAUUCUAUUUCAGAACUUUAAUAUCACAUUAAGAGUCUGAUUCACAUUUACAAAAGCAAAUCAAUUCAACAUUCAUGACAGUUCCGUCUGUCACUAGCCAUGUUAUUGUUGGAAUUUGUAGGGGGAAGAGGGGUGCAUGUGCUGCAAUGCCCAGAAGCUACUAGGCUGACUUAAAGAACUGAUCAAAUUAAGGUGUCACUAAAGAGUCCUAGAAGGGUCUGUUAUUAGUAGCAGAUGUCUGGAAUGGGAAGCGAGUUGGAUAACAUAUCAACGUCAGCUAUUCAGAAGAGAUGAGAACUUUCAACUUGAACAACUCAAGUGAAUUCGGAACAUAACCUCUGAAUUGUGUACUGAAUUUAAUGAUGCAAACUCAUCAAAAUAUAGUGCGGUAUAAGUAUGUGUGCAGUCUAAUUUGAAAUUGACUGGAAACUGUUGGCCCUACAAAAUUUACACAAAAUAUUGGUUCCUUAAGCUUUGUAUGUAAAGCGCUCGCUGUUUCAAAUUAUAAGGCAACGGUUUCCUUUUAAACUAAAUUCCUGUGCUCUGUCAUACCUUUUAAAAAUGAUAAUUCGGAGAAUCUCUGCUUAAACUCAAAAGUUGUGUAAUAUCUCAGCCAAUAGCUUGUCAGUCAGUUGUUUGACUUUUUUAUCAAAGUAUAAAUGCAGUAAUGUAGAACCUAUUUUAGUGACCCAAAACUUAUGAUCUUUCUAUUUCUUGACCAAGUUUAUGUAUAGUAUUACAAAGGUAGGUAACAAGCGAGGGAUGUAUUCUUAAAUGCAUUUUGUCUAAAAAUAAUAAUCAGUUGACUUGGAAGUACUUGAGAUUUUGAUUUAAAUGUUGUGCCACUUAACACAAUUAAACCUUAUUAAUUCCAUUUGAAUUCUAAAAGUAAUCCUACAAUAGAUGACAAUUCUAACCCAGGCUUAUACCCAAAGAGAUGAGCUUCUGGCUGGCUGUCAGUUCAGUUUUUGUUUGUGUAUCUUCUGCUAAAUUAUUGGUAUUUGGAAUUAGUGAAUCAGGCUCAAUCUAGAUGGACCAUGUUUAUAAACUUCUGGUAUGCCAUAUUUUAUCUUUAAAGAAAUAUUCUGGUCUAUUGCCUGUUACUGUACCUCCAUUAAAAUUUUGGGGCCAGAUCAUCUGCAAUAGCAAAGAAGCCACAAGCAGGUAUGGGAGGAGGCCUUCAACGAUGGUGUAAACCUCACCUUUGCACACCCUUGAUCCUGGUACCAUUGUUAGCCACUUUAGUAUCCCUGGCAUAAAUUGGAGCAUCUCAAAAGAGUGGGUGCUACUAGAGGUUCCCCCUUUGCUGGUGUGACCCUCCUGUGGCUCUGUGACCAGAUUCUGCCAGCACUGUGCAGCCAUGCAGCAACAGAAAAUAUGCCCUAUGCCUAGAAAAAUUAUUGAUCCAUAAAAUUUUAGUACAUAUUUGUGUUUCUUUGCCACUUCAGACAUGUACAUUUUAAGAUCUUUCCUAGACACAGUAAGUUAUGAAAAGUACAAGUGCCACUUAUUCUCUUGAUUUUUGUUUGCUUCUCUGAUACAAGAUUUGGGGAAUUAAAUUGCACUUAUUCACCAUUCCUCCUCCCUAUCUGCUGUUAAAUUAAUUUUGUGUAUUACAUGGAAGAGUGCCUAUUAACCAGAUUUCCCUUUCCUUUCUCAUCAAGAAGGAAAUCUACUAUAAAUUUAAAGGCAACUAGUCAUGCAACAUUGGGAAUGUAAAACUGUUAGUUCAUUUUGGUUGAGAUUAACAAAUAUUUUUCUAGAAAACUACAGCAUUUAAUCACAGAGACGGUGUUGGGUAGAGUACUUAAUGUAAGAUACCACCAAAAAACAGGCAUUUUAAAAUUUAAGAAUGCUUCAGCUCACAUCUACUGUGUACUAAAUUUAUUCUUUGAUUGUUACUUGAAAUCUGAGAUAGCAAACCAGCAUAUAACGACUACAGGAGGCUAAAUCAUUUAACGUGUAUAAAUUUUCAUAACUCAAGCCAUAAAAUCAAUACUAGUGCUAUUUCCACAGUAUAUGAAGUGUUUGUCAACAUUUAGAAGCUCAUGGGACUAGCCAUCAUUCUGAUAGGCUCUAAUCUGUCUUAAAACAUAUUGCUUCAUUUUGGAAAACAUGUUACUCAAAGCAUGCAACAUAAGUGACCCAUCAAAUUAAAACUGGUGUUGUUUGAACUAGCUGGUACAAUAAGUUGAUCGCUUGAGUAAGUCUCUUUUAAUUUUAACCUUGCCGAUCUAAUGAGAGCUGGAAAUAUUCUCAAAUAAUAAAAGGGAGACUUUCUGCAGGCUCAGGGUUUUCAACUUGUUUUAAAAAUUCCUACAGUUUCUGCAUGUGUGUGUAUAUAUGUAAAUUUGAGAUGUAUUUUGUUUAUCAUGAUGCCUCAAAUGUAUUAUUGCUCAGGUGUAGUAGUUCUGUCAUUGUAUACAUCAACAACAUGAAUUGGUUCCUUUUAAAUCUUGUAUAUUUGCAUUAAUAAAACACUAUGCAGCACACUUAAUUUUACAAAGUUUCUGACUGGAAGCUUUUAAUAAAGUUUAUAUACAGAUGACUGA